AUGGGUUGCUGUGGCUGUGGCGGUUGUGGCGGCUGCGGUGGCUGUGGCGGCUGCGGUGGCUGUGGCGGCUGCGGUGGCUGUGGCGGCUGCGGUGGCUGUGGUGGCUGUGGUGGCUGCAACAGCUGCACCACCUGCAGAUGCUACCGGGUUGGAUGCUGCUCUGGCUGCUGCCCCUGCUGCGCUGGCUGCUGUGGGGGCUGCUGCAGCACCCCCGUGGUCGUCUGCUGCCGCCGCACCUGCUGCAACUCCUGUGGCUGUGGCUCCUGUGGCUGUGGCUCCUGUGGCUGCGGCUGUGGGAAGGGCUGCUGCCAGCAGAAGUGCUGCUGCCAGAAGCAGUGCUGUUGCUAGCUGGGCUGGCUGGCUCUGCCUGUACAAUGUGAGUCUAGCUCUCUCCAGCUAGUGAGCCUUUCCUCUGUCUCUGUGUGGCUCUGUCCCAGACAGGCCUUGCUGCUUGGAAUCCCCUGCAUGUCCUCAGACUUACUGCUUGGGAUUCAGUACUCAUCUCUUUGAGUGCAACAGUCUAACACAUUUUAAUGUAAAAGAAUUUCAUCCUGGAAAUGACCAUUACAAAACUGUGACCCUUGCCCACUACCUAACAUCAGUCCACCUCCCUGGGCCAUUUUCAUGACUUCUAUUUGAAGUCUAUUUGAAGUCAUGUUUUUCUAGCCUCCAACUUUAGUUUCAACUCUCUGUAUCUGGAUUUCCCACUUUUUCUAUUAUUCUUUGCAAUCACUACACAGACUGUUGCCUAAUUUUAUUAAUAAAAUGAAAUAAACAA